AUGACACGAUCAUUGUUGAAGCACAUGUUGUUGCUGAAGCUCCUCAUGGGGUUGCGUAAGUAGGAACCUUAAAAUUCUCCAAGGGGCAUAUACCGGCUCAUUUGAUAGCGGAGGGGUGAACAUUUUCUGGUUUGAGCCCACCUGUUCACUACUUUAGUAAAGUUUGUCAGAAGUAAAGUAUAUAGACAUUUUCCUGGCGUGUGCUGACGUUAGAGAUUAAAAAAAUCCCCUUAUUCGUAAGAGAAAUACUGUUUGCUUGUGAUUGUCAAUACUGUUCAUCUGCCAAGUCAACUUACUUUUCCCUCCCUAUUAUUAGUUUAUGCUACUAAAUAUAAUAUUUGCUGCUAGAUAUACAGUCAUGUACUAAAUAAAAUAAUAACAACUAAAUUUAAAUAUGAAAUAAUAUAUUCAUUUUCUUUGGCUGAAAUAUAUGAUUGGUUGAAGCGAAGAUCGGAACUAUACUAAACACAAUUUUAAGCGUUAUUAGAUAUGGCACUAUAGGGUUUAGCUACCUCAAUGUCGUUUCUGCACACGCACUUUCGGAGACACUUCAGUAUGUACAGGUAAUCAAAUGACCAAAUAAAAUAUACAAUGGUAAUUGAACUGAGUGGAGUGCAAUUUGGACUGAAAUCAAACACGUGAUUGCAAAAUCGCACGACCGCGAAGCGGGAGUGCGAUUUGUAAUCACAAGUUUAUUUCAGUUCAAAAUUGCACGACACGAAGUUAGAUUUCCACGUCAUUAUAUUCAUUUUGAAAUCUUUAAAGACCAUGUCAAGUCCGUAAUGUAAACAAAUCCUUUGCUUACAUUUUAAACUGCUAUAUUUGUAAAUAAGACAUACUAUAAUUGAAUAUCUGACACUUUUCUGGUUCGCUAUUGUAAAUGAAUAUAAACUAGAGUACGCUUCAAUUCAAAAAAGUUCGAAAGAUGCAAAAUUUGGCCAAUGUUUCUAUGUGCGGGUCCCCCUUUGUUAUGACCAGAACUGAUGCGCAGAAUGGACUUGACAUGGUCUUUAACAUUUUUGUAAACCGCGGAAACGUUUUUGUUUGCAAAAGGGUACCUCCCAGAGUGCUGUAGCAUAGCAACAGUAAACGAACAAGAUGAACUUAGUUUUGUUAAAUUGCAUGUUAUUAAUACGUUCAAAAUACUGCAAAAAUGCUACAGAAAUGAAGACAUUCAUAAAGACUAAGGGACAACACAAGUGAGUUUAAACAUAUUGUAGGUUUUACGAUUGAUUUGAUAGAGUUUGGCGCAGUUUUGUGUGUUUAAAAUUGGAAAUACGAUAGACUGACGCUUUCAAUUUGCUUUUGUUGGCAUUUUGACCAUGUUUGAUAGAAGAUUAUGUUCUUAAUUUGCCUGUUACUAUUUGUGAAAUUUCAAAAAAAUUGAAAAUUCUUUGCAAUUCUUUGAUAGUUAACUGUAGCUAUCCAUAUUGUUUUUGUUUCUAUGUGCAAAAAAUUGUUUAGGCAGUCAAGAGUAAUCAUUACAUAUGUAAAUUUUUUGUUUUUGCUCACUAGCCAUAUCACAUUUUUCGUAAAAUUGAUUGGCUGUUUGAAUCCUAUGUUUAAAUAUGAUUGGUUGGCUGAAGUCAGCACUCUAAUGUGAUUGGUUGAAAGAAGGUGCUGGGAGUGCGAUUCGUGCUGAAAUCGGACUCCUGUGAACCAAUCUGAUUUCAGGAAACACCAUUGAUUUCAAAAUGAAUAUAAUAAACAUUUUAAAAAUAUAAUUUUGUUGCAUCACUUGCAUGCACCUACUGUAUGUCCAUAGAUAAAACUUUUUAAAGUGAAUAAUUAUAUACAUGAAAGACUAUAUUAGCAAUAUACUGUUUACAGAUCGUGUUGCAUCAGAUCGCGCUGUCAAAGCUAUACCAUACAACUGCUGUAAUAUUUACACCAGUGCCAAUGAGGCAAUAGUAUUCAGCUUAUAUAAAUAUCUCAAUAAAUCUUCGGUGAUAGUUUAGUUUACUACUUCGGUUACUUCUUUUGACUGUGUGGAAAUAUGCGUACAUACUGAAUAUAUAUGAAUAAAUACAAUAAAUAAAAAUAAACCACCCGAGAGUUUUGAAAAUAUAAAACAAAACAAAGUCCGAUCCUAAUUGAUCAUCACCAACAGCAUGCAUCUGUGCAAGCAGACGCACAACACGUACAUAUUUUACAAUAAAUUCACUUCGAAAAGUCGUGUAGGUUUACCCAUUAGACGAGUAAAAUCGUUUGGCGUUAGACAGAGUAAAAGAAUAAAGUAGGGCGCAUUGCUGCAUGUGCUUAAUGGGUUAAUACCGAUCUGCUUAAUACCCACGCUGCGAAUGAGUCACGUGAGGCAAAAGAAUAUGAGCCGAUGUGAGAAGAUAAUUUCUUCAAAACAUUACACAAAUAAGGCAGGUCUCCCACGAAGAUGAGGUAAAUCGACGCAUCAAAUGGCUCGAAUCCGUCUCAGGCAAGUCAUAUAGAUUCAGCAGAUAACCACUAUUUUACCUUAUUUUACCGAAGGAUUGGCCGCUGCAUGAAACUUGAUAACUGGACUAUUUAUGAAUGUUAAUUACAUGAAGAAUUACAACUGGGGCACUGCACAAUUUUAUGGAUGAUUAUUUGCGCAAUUUAUUCGUCGCGCGACUUCUUGACAACCCCUAGAUUCGCGUCUGGACCCAAGACCGUACUCGGACAAUUUAAGGCUGUGGCUAUUUUACAAAAAAAAAACGUAUCAUGCAUGGAAUAGCAUCAAAGUUAUUUGUUAGCAGACAAUUGCUAUGUUUUUUUAACACAGUGUAUAUGAAACCUCGUUGUCUUGGUUGCCCUACUUGGAGCAUGACUUUAUUUCCCAAUGGCAAUGAGGAGUAUAUCUAAUCAAUGACAAGUUUACUGCGAAAACCGCCGUACAGUUACAUAAAAUUGAAAGUAUUGUACUGUCUGGCGUUAUACACCAUCGUCAGGAUUUUUGGGCAUCUCACUCGAUUGAACGAAUGUUGAAGGAGUUUGUAGAUAAAAUUUCGAGUGUAAUUUAUAUAUAUAUAUAUAUAUAUAUAUAUAUAUAUAUAUAUAUAUAUAUAUAUAUAUAUAUAUAUAUAUAUAUAUAUAUAUAUAUAUAUCAAGGUGAUACCACCUACAAAAUUAUCCAAUAUUAGUUCAAUCGAGUGAGACACUGUUAUAAUUUAUUUAAAUAUUCAUGUAUAGUUAAUAAAGUUUUAAUCAAACCAGCAAGUUAUUACAUUGGCGACGAGGAUAGCGAAGUCACGUCGUGGGAGAUGGCGCUGUAUGGCAUUGUAGGAGAAUUUAAAGAAAGCGAAGAAUCAUGGAUUCAGUAUGUCGAGAGGUUAGAGCAGUAUUUCUUGGCCAACGAGAUAACAGACGAGAAGAAACAAAGAGCUAUCCUUCUGAGUGUCUGUGGCAGCAAGACGUACGGAUUGUUACGAGACAUAUUACAGCGCAAGGAACCAGCUGAUACUGAUAUCAAAGUAAUUGGCGAAGAGUUAAAGAAACAUUAUAACCCAAAGCCAAGCGAGAUUGUUGAACGUUUUAAAUUUAGAUGAAAAGUGCUUUUAGAUGGAAAGUGCUUCGAGAAGUGUGGGUGAUUUGCAUAUGGCAAAAACAAAUCAUGCAAAUUCGGCGAGAUCAACAGAGCAUGUUGACAAAGUCACGCAUGGGAAACAAGCAUUAUUUGGCAAGAAAAAUCAAGAAUGCUACCGUUGCGGGGGAGACCACGAGCCUUCUACUUGCAAAUUUAAGGAUGCGAAAUGUUAUAGCUGCUAAAAGAAAGGCCACACGGCGAAGAAAUGUAGAAAUCGCAAGAAAAGAUCAAGAAAAGAAACCAUUCAGAAAGGAUGAGAGGAGAGAACAGAAGUCGGCGAAUUAUUUUGUGAAGGAAGAGGAGGGGGCCUAUACAAUGUAUCAUGUAACCGGAGACAAAAAUAAGGCAAUUACAAUUGACAUUGAUCUGUGUGGUUACAACACAAACAAUGGAACUUGA